ACCGCGCGCCGCUCUGAGGCCAAACCAAGUCUUUCAGGUGCCACAAGGUUUGUUUAUUUUCUUUCGAGUUGAGAGGUUGAGGUUGAAUUGACAAAAGGAUGCACAAAAUCUGCCGUUUUGCGGUUUAAAUUGGUUUGACCCUAUAGGAAAAUCUCUCAGACAAUAAACUAAAGAUGAUUCGUAGAAGUCCCACAAGAGUAGUCCUGAAAUUGGAUGAUUUACAGGAAUAUGAAUCAAUGAGGAAGGAAAUUGAAGCCAAAAAAGGCACUCCAGCCCAAACAACAUGGGACGGACCUACAAAAACUAAACAGGACAUUGUUCGGGAGCGUAUUGGGUAUGUUCCCCAGCCCCAUGAUGCUUCCUGACAAAGGGCUCCUACCAGGUCUGCUCAACAACUUCCCCGGGUGUACCAUAACCAGAACACCCGAGUGCCCGACCCCACAACUCGGCGACCUCCUCAACGAUUACCUUCAUCACAUACUCAUUUCCAACGUCCAUGAUAUUUAAGUUGAAAAUAUGGCAUAAUUAUCUGUCUCUCAACUUGUUACUGUGCAACACCUACUGUUAAUUCUUUGUUAUAAAAUAACCCAAGAAAUAAAACAAAAUUUCCUUUUUA